GCGACCUAAGUUCUCUCAAAACGUUGGCCUCUGUUGGCGCACUCUCUCGUAGCUCUUGAGAAGCCUUCUUCUACCCGGUUUCAGUCGGACUAUUUAAGGCCUCCUUCUUCCUCUCAUCCUCCUCCUUCUUCUUCUACUGUUUCUACAGCUGCUACUGCUGCUAGUCGAGGCUCGCUUCUCCAGCAAUGGCUCGCCUCCUCCUCCUCUCCUGCGCGUUCUUGGCACUCGUCUUCCUGAGUGCCACCUCGGCAGCGCCCCAGGCGAAACAGUCAAUCGACGAUUACUUCAGCGACAGACAGCAAGUGGAGAGCAUCAUCGCCUGCUUCGUGAACGAAAGGCCUUGCAAUAAGAUCGAACAGAAGAUCAAGGACCGCGCCUUCGCCACCAUGAGGAACUUUGGACAGUGUCCUGCACCUCACUGCAAGACAGAAGAGGAGAGGCAGUCCAUGACCAGAUCCAUGGAGCUCCUUCAGUCCAAGUACCCAGACCUCUGGGCCAGGUUAAUCGGAGCCAUGAUCCUCGGGGUGGACGUGGGAAGAAGAUAGACCGUAGGAAGCGAAGUUAUUGCUUCCUUCAAUUAUAGUUAGGUUUUUCGUGUGUGUUGUUUUUUGUCUUGUGCUUGUCUGAAUAAACUUUCUUAAAACUU